CCGCGAAAACAAAACAACCCACCCCCUCUGUUUUACCAUUUCCAUUUUCAUCACAAAACAGAUCUAAAUGCUUUCACCGACCCGAACCCGAUUAACCAGUGCCUUCCAUUUUCGUACUCUCAUUCCACAUUGUGAUCCAAUUCAUCGGAGAAGCAAUUCUCGAAGCUUUUUCGUUCGAUCCAAUUCCAAACGAAGCUAAGUUAUGGAAUCGAUCCUCGCAAGAGCAUUGGAAUACACGCUCAAAUACUGGCUCAAAUCAUUCACCAGAGACCAAUUCAAGUUACAGGGUCGCACUGUUCAGCUUUCUAAUUUAGGUCAUUUCCCUCUAAUUUCCAUUCAAAUCUCAAAAUUACUGUUAAUCAUCACAAUGAUUCGUUUGUUUUUGAAUUUCCUGUAUUCAGAUAUAAACGGUGAUGCAUUACAUUCCAGCAUUGGAUUUCCGCCUGCACUCAAUGUCACCACCGCCAAAGUCGGAAAAUUGGAAAUCAAGCUACCGUCGGUGAGCAAUGUACAGACAGAGCCAAUCAUUGUACAAAUUGAUAGGCUUGAUAUGGUUCUUGAGGAGAAUUCUGAUUUUAAACCACCCGAGACUCCAACCAGUUCCACACCUUCAAGUGCUUCUGCUAAGGGUAGCGGGUACGGUUUCGCUGAUAAGAUUGCAGAUGGAAUGACUAUACAGAUUCAUACAGUUAAUCUAUUACUUGAAACUCAUGGUAGUGCUCGUCUCCAAGGGGCAGCAACAUGGGCACCACCCAUGGCGUCUAUAACCAUACACAACCUUUUUCUGUAUACCACAAAUGAAAGCUGGCAGGUUGUAAAUCUUAAGGAGGCGCGGGAUUUCUCAUCUAAUAAGAAGUAUAUUUAUGUCUUCAAAAAAUUGGAAUGGGAAUCAUUAUCUAUUGAUCUUUUGCCUCAUCCCGACAUGUUCACGGAUGCUACUUCAGGCAGCUCUCAAGUAGGUUCAAACAUGAGAGAUGAUGAUGGCGCAAAGAGAGUAUUCUUUGGAGGCGAGCGUUUUAUAGAAGGAAUAUCAGGAGAAGCACAUAUCACUGUUCAGAGAACUGAAUUGAACAGUCCACUUGGGCUCGAGGUUCAGUUACAUGUCACAGAAGCCGUUUGCCCUGCAUUAAGUGAACCAGGGCUACGUGCACUUCUCCGCUUUAUGACAGGAAUAUAUGUUUGUCUAAACAGGGGAAAUGUAGAUUUCAAGGCCCAGCAGCAAUCUACUGAAGCUGCUGGCCGUUCUCUUGUGUCAAUUGUUGUGGACCAUAUAUUUCUGUGCAUUAAAGAUUCUGGGUUCCAGCUUGAGCUUUUAAUGCAGUCCCUCUUUUUUUCUCGGGCCAGUCUUUCUGAAGGAGAUAACGACAGUAACUUGACAAGGAUUACAAUUGCAGGACUAUUUUUGAGGGAUACAUUUUCACGCCCUCCAUGUACAUUAGUGCAGCCAUCGAUGGAAUCUGUCACACAACAAGCUUUUCAAGUGCCGGAUUUUGCUAGAAGCUUUUGCCCGCCAAUAUAUCCUCUAGGAGAACAGCAGUGGCAAUUGAUUGUGGAAACUCCUCUAAUAUGCAUCCACGCCCUUCAGAUCAUGCCUUCUCCACUUCCACCAUCCCUUGCUUCUCAAACAGUUAUUGACUGUCAGUCUCUUAUGGUCCAUCUCCAUGAAGAAUCCUGCUUGAGGAUAUCAUCCUUCUUAGCUGAUGGAAUUGUUGUCAAUCGUGGUGACAUUUUACCAGAUUUCUCUGUGAAUUCUUUUAUUUUCACUCUCAAGGGUUUGGAUAUUACAGUUCCUUUGGAUAAGGCCCAAUUGGAUUUUUGUGUAAGCAACGCGGAUGAUACAAUUAAAUCCUUAUUUGCUGGAGCAAGGCUACAUAUUGAAAACCUUUUUGUUUUAGAUUCACCUUCAAUGAAACCAAGAAUACUAAACCUGGAGAAUGAUCCUGCUUGCUUCUGUCUCUGGGAAGAUCAACCAAUUGAUGCCAGCCAGAAGAAGUGGGCUGCCAGAACAUCCCACCUUACUCUAUCUUUGGAAGCAAAUACUGGCACAUUUGGGCGUCAGAAUUCUCUGGGAUGGACUGCUGGAUUGUGGAGAUGUGUUGAUUUGAAAGAUGCUUGCUUUGAAGUAGCUAUGGUGACUGCUGACGGCAGCCCAUUGUUAAAGGUUCCUCCUCCUGCGGGUAUUAUGAGGGUUGGGGUUUCUUGUGAACAGUAUCUAUCCAACACUUCUAUAGAACAAUUAUUUUUUGUCCUUGAUCUCUAUGCUUAUUUUGGGCGAGUUAGUGAAAAAAUAGCCAUAGCUUGGAAAAGGAAAGAAAUGAAGGACGCUAGGAAUACAUCUUUCAGUGGACAGCUGAUUGACAAAGUUCCUAGUGACGCUGCUGUAAGUUUAGCCAUAAAAAAGCUCCAAUUUCGAUUUCUUGAGUCUUCUUCUGUGAAUAUGGAGGGAAUUCCUCUAGUACAGUUUGUCGGAGAUGAUCUGUUCUUUAAUGCCACUCAUAGAACCCUUGGUGGUGCUAUUGUUGUAUCAUCCACUUUACGUUGGGAGAGUGUUGAGAUAGAUUGUGUGGAUUCUGAGGAGCAUUUGGCAUGUGAAAAUGGUUCGUCUUUUAUUUUUGGGGAAAAUGUUCCUUCAAUGAGUGAUACUGGAUACCCUCAACUGACAGCUGUUUUUUGGGUGGAUAACAGUAAUCAUUUAUUGAAUGGUAAUGCUCGUUCAGUCCCGUUUUUGAUCUUAAGUAUGGAUCAAGUCAUACCAUUUUGUGAAGUAGACAAUGAGUCUCAUUGUUUGAAUAUCUCCGCUUCAAUAUCUGGUGUUCGUCUUGGUGGUGGAAUGAACUACGCUGAAGCCCUCCUGCAUCGGGUUGGAAUACUUGGGCCUGAUGGCGGUCCAGGGAAGGGUCUUUCUAAAGGGUUGGCAAACUUACAAAAAGGACCAUUGGGAAAACAUUUUAAGACAACACGUAUAAUUGUUGAUAAUUCAGAAAAUGAAAGUGUGAUAGAAGGGAAAGAACCCAGUUUUCCACACUUAAAGAAGCCAGACACUGUGGAUGUAAUUAUAGAGUUGAGGGACUGGUUGUUUGCUCUUGAAGGUGCACAAGAUAUGGCCAAAAGAUGGUGGUUCUCCAGUCAAGGAGACAUAGGUAGAGAACAGAGGUGUUGGCAUACAACCUUCCACAGUUUAGAAGUAAAAGCUAGAAGUGGCCCAAAGAAGGUUUCAGGUGGCAAGGCGCAACAUUCACAUAGAAAACAACCUUUUGAACUGGUUACGGUUGUAGUUCAAGGGCUGAAGAUCUUGAAACCCACACCCCAAAAAGAUGUCAUGUCAUCCAUGUUAACCACUAAUGGAGUUAAAGAACUGACUGAUGCAGUUUGGGGAAUCGGCCUUGAAGUGGACUUGAUAUUACAUGAGAAUAAUGCUGAUGAUGAAAGGGCCGAUUGGGAAGUGGGAAACCUAAAAUUCUCUAUAAAACAACCGAUCGAGGCUGUUGUAACCAAGGAUGAGUUCCAGCACCUCAAUUUUUUAUGCAAAUCUGAAAUUGAUUCCAUGGGCCGUAUAACAGCUGGAAUUCUGCAAUUGCUUAAGCUAGAAGGUUCUGUCAGCCAGUCUAUAAUGGAUCAGCUAGGAAACAUUGGGAGCGAAGGCAUUGACAAGAUUCUCUCUCCUGGGAAACUCAGCAUAGAUGGUAGUGUUAGCAGCAGGGGGCCUUCUCAAUUACCAAAACUAAUAAAUGACAGCCCGCACAAAUCUAUGGAAUCAACGAUAACUUUUCUUGAGGAAGCAGUUGUGGAUUCACAGGCUAAGAUUAAUGCUUUGAUCACUGAUAUUGGUAUUUCUGAGUCCUCCCUUCAGCACCUUGACGUUGUUAAACAACUUAGUCAACAGAUUGAGUCAAUGCAAGUUUUAUUGACGCAAUUACGGAAUCAACUUUAAGACUUCACCUCCUGUAACUAGAAUUAAGAAUUUUCUUUCAAAUAGAUUACAAUUCUUUUUGUAUAUAGUAUAAUAGUCCAUAUGUUAAGUGUUGUAUACGUUAGGCAGAAAUAAGGGCUCCUCAUUUUGUCUAACAUAAAUUUUGCAGGCAUUUUGCAGUAGGAAAUGAUAGGAAAGAAUGCAAUUUUAAA